CCCAGGGGAGAUGUGGCUUCACUGAUCCAUUGAAACCUUAAUUGCACGGACCUCUCUCUCUCUCUCUCUCUCUCUCUCUCUCUCUCUCUCUCUCUCUCUCUCUCUCUCUCUCUCUCUCUCGCACACACACACACGCACACCUGCGAGGAGGGAAGCUCCCAUUGAGCGCCACGGCGUCGCAUAUUUCCCGCUCACCUAUAGCCUACACACAGUCGCACCUCUGCUGCCGUGGUCCCCCCAUGUGGCCCAUCCCUUACCGGACCGGGACCGAUAAAUGGGUUAACUCAGUCACCGGGAGUAGCCGAAAUAACGGGAGCGUCGGGAGAUCCCUUCCCAUCCCUCCGCUGUGUGACCGAACUGCACUCAAAGCUUCCACCGGGGCAUCAUCCUCUCCUUCUGCGCGGUGUUGAGUCGCCCAGAUUGAAUUGAAAUCGUGAUUUAUUAUUCAAAUCAUAAGGGGCGACCGGCAGAAGCAGCGGCGGCGGCGGCAGCAGCAGCAGCAGAGGGAGGCAGCAACAGCAGCAGCACCACCAGUUCUGAGACCCAGACCCGUGGGCGGCUGGGUGGCGUCCGUCUGGGCGAGUUGACAGGACGAAGAUUUUUUUGGCGCUCCACACUGCUUCAUCCCAACAAACCCCUCAAAUUCUCAAGAUAUGGCGAUGACAAGUGAGAUGUAGAAAACGGAUGGGAGGCCAUUCAUGUGGGUCUGGACUUCAACUAAAACGGGCAGAAUCUCCCACCAUCAUCACCAUCCUCCUCCUCCAUCCUCCUCACCUAACCAGUUGAUAUUUUUUUGACAUAACUAUCUAAAAAGUGUGGAGCACAUGACACACUGGUGAAUCCCCGAGGCAGGUCCAGCACACAGACUGAAUGAGUCCAUCUUUGGCUGUCGGACGGACUCCUCAAGAGCACAGGACGGAUGCAAACAGACUAAACACAUCUUGGCAAUUCCUAACACCCUCAGCAUCUCCGCCAACGGUGUUCUAACCGAGCGGGGUGAAUCUCACACCGGGAGACCAGUCGUUUCAUAGGCAGGGAGAAGAUGCCAUUCCACCAUGUGCGGGCGGGCCUGCUCUAUCCAGACAACUACCUGAGCAGCUCCCUGACAGAGGGCAGUGAAGCCUUCCAGCUCACCAGCAUCUCCACAGAGGAGCUGGGAGAGAUCCGUGAGGCAUUUCGUGUUUUGGAUCGUGAUGGGAAUGGUUUCAUCUCCAAACAGGAGCUGGGCAUGGCCAUGCGCUCCCUGGGUUACAUGCCCAGCGAAGUGGAGCUGGCCAUCAUCAUGCAGAGACUGGACAUGGAUGGGGACGGCCAGGUGGACUUUGAGGAGUUCAUGACGAUACUGGGGCCCAAACUGCUGUCGUCCGACAACAGAGAAGGAUUCCUGGGCAACACCAUCGACAACAUCUUCUGGCAGUUUGACAUGCAGCAGCUGUCUCUGGAUGAGCUGAAGCAGGUGCUCUUCCAUGCCUUCCGGGACCACCUGACAAUGAAGGACAUAGAGAACAUCAUCAUCACAGAGGAGGAGAGCCUCAACGAAACCUCAGGGAACUGCCCUGAGUAUGAGGGAGUCCAUCCCAAGAAGAAGAAUCGUCAGACGUGCGUCAGGAAAAGCCUCAUCUGCGCCUUUGCCAUGGCUUUCAUCAUCAGUGUCAUGCUCAUCGCAGCCAAUCAGAUGCUGCGGAACGGCAUGGAGUAACCAAUUGCACUGUGAGCAUGGGGAGUGGACAGAACAGCCAUGACCUCACACCUUGUCUUUGCAGCCAAAGCUGGACCAGCCACAACCCAAGCACUUCUCUAAACAAUCAGUUGAGGGUUUGUUUUGUUUAUUUGUUGUUUUUUUUUUAAAGUUUAAUUCAAAUUUAACUUAUAGAAGCAGGCAUUGUGAGUAAAAUGAAGAGAGAUAUAUUUGUUUCGCCAUGCACAGUUACUGGACUUACCGGUCAUAAGGAACAUGAACUGGAAAAGAAUUAUGUUUUUAUAUAAAUCAUGAGAAUUGAUAGAGGGUUUUAUUUUGCUGUUUCAAAGACCAAGACCACCCUUUAAACUUGAUUUUAAAGAAAAAUGCUUAUCAGGUGCUUUGAGCCAUCACUAAUUUAAAAAAAAACAAACAAACAAUGGUUAUUAUGGACAACUGCAUAUUUACCCCAGAGAAGUUGCGCUGAAUGUUGAACUGAGUGAAUGUGGGCACUGAAUGUCGGGCACAGUAUUUAAAUGCAUAGUAAAUCCCUCACAUAGUCUUGUAUGAACAUCGCACCUUUUGUGAAGCGUCUACACCCUCGGCUCAGUCCACUAAUCCUGGGGCACAUGAAAUCCUUUUGUGUAUCUACAAGGAGCACAACUCAAUACUCAGUGAGGGACCACUUAAGAAUCACUACUGUCCUGCUAUCUCUACUCUUUAGUCUUAGGGCUGAUUGAUUGAUUGACUGAUUGGUCACCCAGCAGUUGCGUGAGUGUGUAGAAGACAGUGUUGACCACAUACAUAAUGUAAGCUCAGGCUGAGAGGUGUAAAAUAUAUGAAGAUAAAAAAACAAGAGACAUGAGAAUCAAUCCAGUGAAAGUGGAGAUAUGUUUUUGGAUAAUAACAGGACCAGGCUGAGAUAAUUAUUUUUAGUUAUGUGUUGGGACAAGAUGUCUCACCUCAGCAUCUCAUUGUAAUACUGCCCAACUGUGGUAAAUGUAGGCCACACAAACGCAUGCCAGUAUACUGUAUACACUGCCAUACCAAACAUUACUCUAACUCCAGUUUCCCAUGGACUUCACUGUAUAUAUAUGUAGUGCUACUUAGCUUGUGUAAUGUAAUCCUCCUCUCAACAGCAGAAUGUAUGAAAGGUAGACACUAGUGAGAUAUAUCAGGGAUAUACAGUAGAGCUGUGACAUAUUGUUGCUACAGCAGCUUUCUUGGAAAAGGUUGCAUCCUAGUGGUUAAGAUGAAAACUGCAGCUAAACGCUUGAACAGCCAUGUUUACAAGGUGUUCAAAAGUGAACAACAACAGCACUGAAUUUCCACUUUGAUGUGUGUUGUAUCAGUGUCACAAGGGCGGUUUUGGUCUGUAUUGGUGACCAUUCACUAUUUUUUAAUGGCGAAACCAUUUUUUUUUUCCUCACGCCCCAAAUUGUGUUGUCACGCCGGUGUACGGCUCAGAAUUGGAUGAGGGACUGAAGGUGACAGCUGCGGUGCCUGUGAUGGUUUCUGGGGUCGUAGCUAUAUUUUAUGGUUCAGAUCUGAUAGCACUACAAUUUUAUUAAGCUCACUGGGAUGAAAAAGUUUGGAAAAGACCUUGUAGGUGUUUACAACCAUGCUCCACUUUGAUAACAGAGCCGCCCCGAGGCUGAACAUCCCAGUGACACCACAGAUUAAAUUUGAGGAUGAAAAUGUUUUUUAUGUGGGUGCAGGGCUGGGCAAUAAAGAGAUGUCACUGUUUAUCUACUGUCAUUGGAAUUGUAUUGUGAAUAUAUGUCAAUAUUCUGUUAUUGUUUUUAAAACUCUCUUGUCUAAACAAAGGAUGCCAAACAAAUAAUCUUUCCAAAAUAAGAUUACCUGAGAUUUAGUUUAAAGCAUCAAUGGGACACAGUUCAAUACAGUAUAACUUUGUUUCUAUUAUUUUAUAUGUGAUUAUUUUGUGAUAUUAAGAGAUAAACAAAAAAUAUUUUCAUUAACAUUGUGGCAAUUAUUUCAACCAACCUGCCCGGCUCUGUGGAUGCCAUCUUUGAAGGAGAUAUGUGGGUUCCUAAAGUGCACGGUGCUCCCCUCAGACAUUACUGGAUCAGAGACUAAUUUAUUCCCAUUAAUACCUUGGCACGAAUAGUUGUUCUCUUGUCUGAAGUGGAUGAAAACAAAUUGAAAUAUUUCAGUAAAACUUAUGUGCAACCAUGUGAGUUGAUACGCUGUCUGGCGUUAAGACAAAAUAUACAGAAGGCAAGAGGGGAGAGGGCUUUCUUUUAAGAUUAAAAAAUAUAGCUUUGUAAGAUCAAGUAUCACAGCAAAAAUGUAUUAUACUGUAAAUCAGUAUGCAUGUUGUUGUUUAAGAUUUUCAUGUCUUUGAAAGACAGGGAAAUCCAUUUAAUCUUUCUUUGUGGUGGCACAGCCUUGAUUUAAAUGUAGGUAUGUAUGUACUACUGUCACAUAUUUGACUUUCCAAUUUAUACUGUAAUAGCCAUUUUUUCUAAUUUCUACCAGCUAUUAAUCAAAUCAGAGUGCAGGAGAGGGCAUUUUCAUAAAUAUGCAAAUACAAGGUCAAGUCGUCAUCAUCAUCAUCAUCAUCAUCAUCUCUGUUUCACGUCAUCUUGUAGGAUAGAGUCUGUAGGCCUCACUGUAGACGGUUGAAAUUGACACUGAAUACGAUAUACUGUGUGUUUUAGUCACGUUAGGUUUUUAUGGAAUGUUCUCACUGCCUCAUAGUCCUGUAUAAACUGCUGUAUAAUGUAUGCUACACUUAUCCUUGUAAGUCAGUUUAUGUCUUUGAUAUUCUCAGCACAUUAACAUCUGACCGACGGACCAUGUUUCCACCUUUGUCUAUUAGCGUCAUGGUCCUUUUGAAACCAGCAUAGACCACCUUAUCUUAACAAUUCUCUUAAUAAUCGUGCCAUUCAGACAUCCUUGCAUGGCUAUGUAAGGGAAAACUUGUUUGAAAGACCUUUUAUCAACACUUUUGAAGUUUACAUUAUUAUUAUACUGUACAUCUGUAACGGGACGGAAUCAGUUCAUGAUUUUCAUGUUUUUGAAAGUUGCUUUUGAGAUUUGUUUUUACCAAAACAUGUUUUUACCUUGUAGAUUGUAUAGAGAUAAAACUAAACACAGAUAUGUAAUACAACCUUGGCAUGCUGCUUAGAAAAGGAGAAAGAAAACAGCAAUAGUUACCAACUGAAUGGAUAUUUAAAAAUGCAAAUAACAAGUUUAAUCUGUUUAAUCUAAAAAAAAAAUAUAUCCAUAUAUGUUUAUGCAAUAAAACCUUGUUUUGAUAGAAAUAUAAGGCAUCUGUGUUUACUUGUGAAAGAUGUUUGUGUGUAGGGUUUUCUUUAGGAAAUAUAUCAAAUUCAAAUUUUGGCUCAAGACCAACAGCAUGUACAAAAGAGUAAUGUUAUUCAGAGACAUAAAAGGUAAAAUAUUCUAAAUCUAAAUCUAAAUUACAUUUAACUUUUGGCUCACAGGAAGCCGGUGAGCAGAAAUAUUUUCACAAAUUGUUAAUAAAAGUAAAACUCUGUAAAAGGUA